CAGAAGCCAGCCUUGGUGAAUAACCCCGCCAUCCGUUCCAAAGCCCUCUGGAGGCACCGCAAGCUCGGUACAAGGGACCGUGCCCACGCUCUGAACCCCCCUUCUCACGGAUCAUGGCGCCAGCCAUCUCAGAGACUCAACUCAACUAUGCUCGCCAUGUCAAGUACUGGAGGCGGAACUUGAAGACGCUGCUUCCGCACUUCUACACCAGCAAUGACUCCAACCGUAUGCUGCUGGCCCUCUUCACCGUUUCCGCACUCGACAUACUAGGAGACCUGGACGCCGCUUUAUCAGGCGAGGAGCGACAAGGAUAUGUCGACUGGGUCUACAGCUGUCAACUGUCUGAAGGAGGCUUCCGACCGUGGCCCGGCUCCAACUUUGGAGAGCUGAGGAAUGCCGGAAAUAAGAGAUGGGAUCCUGCACAUAUACCCGGGACUUUCUUUGCCCUCCUCACCCUGGUCGUGCUGGGAGACGACUUGGAGAGGGUGAAGAGAAGGGAGAUUCUAGCAUGGUUGGCCAAGAUGCAAAGACCAGAGGGAAGCUUUGGGGAGACGCUCGGGGAGGAUGGGUUUGUGUAUGGAGGGAACGAUUCUAGAUUUGGAUUCAUGGCCACCGCUAUUCGAUGGAUACUACGAGGUGAUCUCGAGGGGCCCUACGACGGCAUACCAGACAUCGACGUAGACGCUUUUGUGAGCUGCGUCCGCGAUGCAGAAUGUUACGAUGGAGGAAUAUCCGAGGCGCCGUACCACGAGGCGCACGGUGGAUUCACCUGCUGUGCAAUCGCUGCCCUGCUAUUUCUCGAUCGCCUUCCACUCAAGCCAGACCAAAAACCCGAUGGCCGUCUCCGCGGAGUUACGAAUGUUGCACAGACACUGCAUUGGCUAGCAUCCCGCCAGACGACGACACUUGACGAAGACGACGGCCUAGACACUUACAACGACGAGACAGACACAUCAGAAACCUGUCACGAUGCACAUACUUUCGUCAAGCUGCGCACCUACCCGUCGGUACAAGCAGUGACGACUACGAAAGGCCAACCUCACAGCCACUUUGAGCUACAGUGGGUCGGCUUGAACGGUCGAUGCAACAAGGUGGCCGACACCUGCUACGCUUACUGGACCUGCGCGCCUCUUCAGAUUCUGGGUCGUCUCGACAUUAUCAACCAGGCCCCGAUCCGAAAGUGGUUGCUCGAUAAAACACAGCACCUCGUAGGUGGCUUUGGCAAGAUCACCGGGGAUCCACCCGAUAUGUACCACUCGUUCUUGGGCUUGAUGGUCCUGGCUAUGUUUGCGGAACCGGGGCUACAGUCUGUUGACGGAGCGUUGUGCAUCACCGAUAGAGCGAAGAGACAUCUGGAAUCGCUGCCGUGGCGGAAGGAGAUUACCGGUGAUGUUGAUCUGCAGGAUGAAAGCAUAAGGCUCGCUGGUGGCAGAAUGCAGGUAGACUGAUUGUCCGUUUAUGUAGUUAUUAGACUCAUUGUUGUAGAGUAUAGAAGGCCUUUCCAUGUCCGCAACUGACACUGUUACACUCACAAAUGACUGUGGGCAUCGUGAUGAGGACAAUUCAUCGGCUAAUCCUGCCCUUUCUGUCCGAGAUACCAGAUCCCUGCAACAAUUUUCCAACUUGGCAAC